AAAUUCUCUACUUUUGUACUGUUUCCCUCCUAAAGGGGAUCACCGAAUUCCUAGUCAAGCACCUGAAACUUUUCACAAUCAUCACUACAAACUCCUCUGUCAUCGGCUCCAUAUAUUUAGAUGCAUCUUCAGUUCUUCACCGUCAUUCCACAAGCAUUCAAGCUCUGACAGUCUACCGCUGGCCCUCUGCACUUAAUGAUGGAAUACGGAAAACAUUCCAUUUCUGUAGGUCCAUGGGGAGGUCAAGAUGGAUAUCACUGGGACGAUGGAGUAUACUCCACUGUAAGGCAAUUGGUGAUAGCUCAUGGUGCAGGCAUUGACUGCAUUCAGAUUGAAUAUGACAGGAAUGGCACCUCAAUGUGGUCAGAAAAGCAUGGCGGCAAUGGAGGCGCUAAAAUUGACAAGGUCAGGCUAGAUUAUCCGAACGAGUUUCUAACGUCCAUUCAUGGAUUUUAUGGUAGCUUGCAAGAAUGGGGGCCUAUCUUUAUUCGAUCUCUUACAUUUGAAAGCAACAAAAGAUCAUACGGACCUUAUGGUAUCGAACAGGGGACGUACUUCACAUUUCCAAUGACUCAAGGCAAAAUUGUAGGGUUCCAUGGAAACUGUGGCUGGUUUCUAGAUGCUAUAGGAGUUCAUUUGGAGCCUCUCACCAACCUGAUUCCAUCAAAUUCCAUAAUGCAUUCGCAAAACUAUGUUGUCCAGGGGCGGACAUACGAGUACUCAAUGCUACAAGGUAAUCUCGGGAAUAGCUAUGAUCUGAUUCUUGCAGUGAGGCAGAAGGGGCAGUAUCGUAGUAAUUCUACUCCAGAAAAUUGGUCGAGGCAAACUUCAAACUCAAGCGAGUUCAGCCGGGUGGAAUCCCAAAACAAGGAUGUCGAUGUGGUUCCGUCCAAGAUUUCGAGAGUACCCUCAGAAAAUGUACAAGGAGUCAUGACAUAUGGACCCUGGGGUGGUAACGGUGGCACUCUGUUUGAUGAUGGAGUCUAUGACGGAAUCCGGGAAAUUCACUUAUCUAGAAACAUAGGAAUCGUUUCCAUAAGAGUUUGUUAUGAUCUGAACGGGCAGCCUCAAUGGGGAAGCAAAAAUGGCGGUAGUGGUGGAUAUAAAUCUGACAAGAUAGUCUUCAACUAUCCAUCUGAAAUCUUGACUCACAUAACAGGCUACUAUGGCCCUGCAAUGGGUAUGGGGCCUAAUAUUAUCAAAUCUCUGACUUUCCAUACUACAAACUGGAAACACGGUCCCUUUGGAGAUGAACAAGGACAAUCAUUUUCGACCAAACUGAGAGGGGGAGUGAUUGUGGGAAUUCAUGGACGGAAGGGAUUGUUUCUUGAUGCAAUUGGUGUUCAUGUAUUAGAAGGCAAAGCCACUCCAGUAUCAAGUUCUCCAUCCGGCUCCAUUGCUCAGAGAGGACCGUCCAUCAAUGAAGCUGACAACACUCCACAAUGGUCCUUCAAAUUAGGAAGGCACGGACUAAUGCAGGAGGCUGUCCAGCGAGUAGUGAAAGAUCCAGCUCCUUACGGACCAGGUCCAUGGGGCGGUGUGGGUGGGAAACCAUGGGACGAUGGAGUAUUCACAGGGAUUAAACAGAUUAUUUUGACUAUGAGAGAGGCCAUCUGCAGCAUGGAAAUUGAGUAUGAUAGAAACGGACAAUCUGUGUGGUCAGUGAGACAUGGUGGUAAUGGAGUAACAGCAACCAGGGUAAAACUAGAGUAUCCUCACGAGGUAUUAACUCGAGUAAGUGGAUACUAUGGUCCUGUCAACAAAGACCAGGGACAGGUCAUCAAAUCUUUAACCUUUCACACGAGUAGGAGGAUGUGUGGUCCGUUUGGCGAGGAGUUGGGAAACUAUUUCAGCUCAACAACCACAGAAGGAAAGGUGGUAGGGUUUCAUGGGAAGAGUGGGAUGUACCUGGAUGCCAUCGGAGUGCAUAUGCAACAUUGGCUGGGGAAUCAAAGGUCGUCCAGACCAUCAUACCUCACGAAAAUAUUCUCUUGAUCAUUCAUUCAUGCUUCAGUUUUUUCCCUUUUUUUUUAUCCAUUUAGCUGAAGAUUACAUCCGAGAACUGCAGGAACAGCAGUACUGAUUUCAGUAUUGUUUAACUUCAAUUUUUAUCCUCUCGAGAUAAUUACUGAGAAAUAGGAUAUCCAGCCUUGACCAAGUUUGACGCUCCCUACUCCUCUUCUGCAUUAUGACACUCUUACUGCGGCUGUGUUAGUUGCGCUAUAAGUUUGCAGAGACACAGCUCUCUAGUCUGUGCAAUGAAGCUAAGCUUGCCGAGGAAA